AAAAAUCACACGACCGAUUGGGAGAAGUGAAGUGAAAGACGAUAUCCACAGCAAGGGCCAAAGACAACAGAAGGUUCAAUACAAUCGUACUUCCCCAUCGAUUCGCAACGCCGUGCCCUACACAGAUGUUCCCCCAGUUGGCUGUUUUGUGCACCUGUCCCAAAACGAAGAAUCUUCCCCUGUGCAUCUAAACCGUGAAUGUUUCGUUACGGCGUACAGGUUUUUUUUACAUAAUUGAGUGAUUUUUCGGGGUUCUGAAGUGUUUGAUGAUAUGCACGUCACGAUACAUGGGGGUUAGUGGGUAUGUGUUUCAGUAAGUACGAUUGCGAGCAGUGAGUGAGUGCAGCACGCGAUAAGCGGACGGGAGGAUACACAGUGAAACGUACGGGUCACAAACAAACGCAAAAGGGCUGUGUGAGCGCGCAACCAUACACAAACACGCGCAGGGAAGCGAGGAAGAAAAAUUCAAUUGAUUUUCUCCCUUCUCCCCCUCCCAGAAGGUGCGAUGCGGUUCCGUGGUAGUGGUGACGGUGCUCAGCUAAUGAAUUCGGGAACCAAGCUGCCGCUGCUGCUUGUGCUACUGCUGAAACCCCUUACGGCGGAUCAUUUCUGGACGGUUCGGCGACCGACGGUGCUGUGAAGCGUCUUGUGUGCUGUGCUCUGCAGGGUUGUGUGUCAGAACAACCGCGUUCCUGUCCUACUUAACGUUCCUGUGUGGUGGUGGUCAUUUGUGAAGCGGAAAGGGUUGAAGGACAAGUGACCACUUUUGUGAGUGUGUAGUGUGCUGUGUGCUGGUUUUAUAUUGUUAGUCUGUAGAGUGUAUCGUGAAGAAUGUCGACCAUCGCCGCCGUCGUCGUCGCCGCCCUGGCUUGUGGUGUCAUCGGAUAAGGCAGGCAAAUCAUUCAUAUUGCUCAGAGGCUGCUACUGCUGCUGCUCGGAUUACUGUCGACGUGCAUCGAAAGUAGCGCUUCAGGCGCCGCCAUCUCUGAUCGCUCGAGAGGGGGACGCAGAAGACGCAAAAAAGGCAACAUCCAAAGUGUGUUGUUCGGUGUGAGAAAGUUAAGCUAGUUUGCGUUCGUGUCUAGUGUUGGAAAGUGGCCCUUGUUUCAUUUCCCCCCGUACGCAUUAAGGGCAGUGGUGUGCAGCACAGUUGCACGGGGUAUAGUGUUGUCACGCGCGAGUGUAUACGUGUGUGUGAGUGUGUGUGUAUGUGUGCGUUUGUCUGUGUCCGCUGUCCACUGUUGUGUGUGAAUGCGAAAUAGUGUAUCGGUUGUUUGCUGCUAGUCUGAUUUCUCAUCAACUGGUGGUGGUGCUGGUGGUGUUGGUGCUCGUCGGCCGUAAAGAAGAGCAACAUGGCGCUCUCCUCCGAUCCAUACGAACAGAAGCUGUAUCACAUGUUCCAGGCGCACAGCAGCCCAGGCAAUGGUGCGCUCGAUCGAGACGCGCUGGUCAAGCUGUGCCACACGCUGGAGCUGAAGGAGCGGGGCCAUCUGCUGGUCAAAUGUUUGAUGACCGGGUCGAAGACGCACGUCAGCUUCCGGGAAUUCCGCGAAGGCCUACUGCACAUCCUUGGCGGGAACGAUGGAUCGAGCACCCAGCCCGCCGGCACCGGCGACCUGGACGCUGCUGCUACGUCACCGUCCACGCGGUCGAGGGAAACGUACGAAGAAUCAGACUCCGAUCAUCCAGAUCAGCAGUCGCAGCAGCAGCAGCAAAAGCAGGAAGUACUGGAUCAACAAAUGGCUUCCUAUGCCUCGCCAGUUUGCCUUACGACCUCUGGCAAAGCCAACCACAUAGGUGGAAACGCGGGCAGCAACAGCAGCACUAUUAGUAGUACAUCGAGCAAUUCGUCUACAUCCGGUUCGCCGUCAUUCCACAGUGCUGGAGGCAAGUUUUCGAACGGCGGUAGCAGUAGCAAUAGUGGCAGCACACAUAAGCACCGAUCGCCGACGCAACAUCGCAGUAGUUCAGCUCCGAAACCCUUCCACGGCAAGACAGAAACUUCGGGCCACAAGCUACCCCACGAGGAGGAGGAGGAGGAGGUGGUGGAUGAGAAGGUGAAGAAGAACGUUAGCCUUUCGACGGUAAUCGGUCAUGCGAAGACACUACCGCACGACAAGCAGAAGACGAGCGUUGAUGGCGUUCCGGUGGAUGAUAACGAAUUCAUGAGUCAGCCCAUCGUCAAUCUUACGCCGAAUCGUGUGGCCGAGGUGGAUGAAACGUCGGAUCGGGAAGUAUCGCCGAAGUUUGUCGUCGGCACGAAGAAGUACGGUCGCCGGUCAAGGCCACGGGAGGACGUGAACGGGCUCGACUCGUCUUCGCUUUCGUCCAACUCGGAUAAUGAAUCGGUCACCGUGAAAUCGGCGGCAAGGAAGACAGCAGCAGCAGCAGCAGCCGCCGCCGAGGAAGAGGAGCCGAUUUCCGUGCAUCAUGUUCCUGGCAGGACGCGCCAAAGCUUCAUCACCGGCACGGGGACUGUUGCCUCGUCCAAGGUGCAACGGUCGGCAUCGCAGAGCGACAUACACGGCUCGAAACGACGCCGACCGGUAAUGGCUGGUGGGACGGGUGUGAAUCGGUUAAAACGGUGUGCCUCCCUGCCGACGCACCGGCAGCGUCCAACGGUGGUGGAAAGCAAACGCAACACUACCACGGUCACGAUACGCGAGCAGCUGCACAUGGACGACGAUCGGAUCGAUCAAAAGAUCUACUUCAUGAAUCUGUCCGAGAAUCUGCGCGAAAUCUGGGACUCGCUGCUGCUCGACUCCGACCGCCGGCAUGGCGAUCUGCUGAACCAGGCCCAGCUGGAGGAGGUGUGCGAGCGGGUAGGGCUGCAGAAAGUGCCCGCCCGGUUGGCCGCCCAGGAAGUGUUUAACAAGCUGUCGCUGCAACCGAUCGAGGGUAUCGGGUUUGAGGAAUUUAUUGCCCUGCUCGAAAGCAACACCGAUCUGCUGCCGAUGAGUGAAACCAAGGAACUGCAGCUAGGUGAUUGCGGUACCGGCGGCAGUCCCACGGUCACCCCGUCCGUCGUUUCGCCGGAAGAAAGUGCUUUCACGCUUGCAAUGCCGCCAGAUUGGACGUCGGAAAUCGGAUCGCUGGCUGCUUCCAUCAUCAUCGACAUGUGGGAAUCGGCGGGCAUUGAUGCGCCGGCCAAUUUGCUGCACGAUCUUGGAUUCGAUCGAGACGUAAUACAGGUGGCCGAUUUGGUGCAGGCGCUCGAGGAGGAACACCAGCGGCUUGUGAGCGGUCACAUGAACAGCAGCACGAUCAGUAACAUUAGCAGCAAUCCGUUCGACGAUGCUGCACUCAUCGUACGAGCGUCGCUGGCACUGCACAAGGCAGAGGUGACCGCACUGCGCCAGGCGUUCCAUCAGUUGGUGGAGGAGAACAAGAAGCUGUACGCGGACAACAAGGAAGUUAACCACCGGGCAGUGCUGCUCGCGCAGGAAGUGGAUGAGCGACACAACUCGCUGGAAAACUCGACCCGCACGAAGAUACGGCAUCUGGAGCAGCGCCACCACGAAACGGUUAAAGAGCUCUCGUCGCAGCUAGCCUUCGAGCGGGAGCAAUUGUCACACGCGAAUGCAAUGCUGGAAAAGCGCAUCCAAACGCUGGAGGGCGAGGAGGGAAAGCUGAAAACGGAAAUCUCUCGCCUGGCGGAGGAAAACGACGAGCUGCGCCAAGAUCAGGAGAAUCUGACGAAGGAGAUUACCGACCUGCUGGAGAAAAACAUCAAACUCAAUCGGGACAUAGCGGAGCUGGAGGAAAACAACCGCAACGAUUAUGCAGACGACGACGAGUGUGGCUUUGUGCGCAAGGACAGCGAAGAGGUGCUAGAUUUGAUCGAUCGGAUAUCGUUGCUGCAGAGCGAAAAUACGGGUCUGCGCGAUAAGAACGACGAGCUGAGUGCCGAGAUAGAGACGCUCAACGUUGAGCUGAGCAAGUUCAAGCUGAAACGCUGCACAACGGCGGCGGAGGACUUAAGUGCAACGGGAAGUGCAGAUGGCCCGGCUAGCUCAGCAGCUAUCAAGCGACGGGGAGAUUCACCGAGCAAAACGCGAUUGGCGGACGAAAGCCAUCGGUUGGGCAAAUUCCGCCGAUGCAGCAACGAGAAUGACAUCGAAUCGGACUCCUCAUCGGGCGAUUGGAUGGCACUGCAUUCGGAGCUGGGGCAGAGUCUGCGGGGCGCUGAGGUAGCUGGUUGUGCGGAGCUGACCGGUGCAUCGUCCGGAAUUUCAAGCAUGAACGAAUCAUCAUUGAGCCGUGACGAUGAAAUCAAAACGCUGCGUGCGAGAAUUGAAGAGCUCGAGGUGCAGCUAAAGGAAGCGAAAAAAGAAAUCGCACUUCCGGAACAGGUGCCGGCCGCAGAAGUGUCGGCCAAUGUCGCAGUUACGUCCAGCGAGGUAGCAGUACCAACACCGGCCGAGAACUCCACGCCGACGAAGGAGGAGGAAUGCAAAAAGCUGAAGGCACGGUGCGAAGAGCUCGAAUCGAGUUUGGAGCAAAUGCGCAAGGAGUACGAAGACUGUGAGGAUUACUGGCAGACGAAGGUGAACGACGAGCGGCUGCUGUACGAAGAGGAGCAACGUAUGAGCGAUGAAAAGUUCACGGAGCUGCUCAAGAAGGUGGCCGAAUACGAGGAACAGUUUGCCGGUAAUUCCAAGAUGGAAAAGGAUGGUCGUUUGUCGCCUAUCGACGAAAAGGAUGGGUUGGAGCAGCAGUAUCUCGAGCUGGAAGCGGACUUCGAGCAGGCGCAGCUGGCACUGGAAGAGAGGACGUCUGAGGUGGAGAAGUUGCGCCGCAGGAUACAGGAAAUGGAACAGAUGCACAAAUAUCCUUCGGAGAUGCUACUUUCCCCAUCACCGCGUGUAGAAACACCGGAUGUAGAGGAUCGUCCAGCCAGUUCCCCGAUCAGCUACUUGUGGAAUCAAAGUACAAUCCAGCGGCCAGUGCGGGAUUAUCAAAACCCGAACUGGCGUCCUCCUACCGUGUCGAAUGCAAUUUCUGAAUCGAUUCUGGUUGAAGAAAAGUGUUCGAUUGCGGUGGCGACGCCGUUGAACGCUGAGGGGGUGACUGAAAACAAAAGAAGCGAGUUUAUGGGUUCGUCUACCGAGGUCGACGAUGUAGCUGCUGUGCCGUCAAGCUUCGAUCGCAUUAUUUCACCGAUUCAGAAACCAACCACCGUUGUUGGCAGCUUCGAUGGGGAAAGCUCCUCCGGUGCGAAAGAAGACGAAAGUCAACAUUGUACUACUGUGGCCGUGUUGGAUCAGGUUGAUGCGUCGGACGCAUGUUCAGUUAAAUCAGCGCGCAGCACUCACAGUCUCGCUUCGACGCACAGCAUCCAACAUUCGAUUGCCAAUUCCGAGGGAAGUACGAGCGGGGUGCAAACGAAACAUCUGCGAUUGAUGCAGCUACAGCUGCAGGAUGAAAUUAAAGACCUUACGCAUGAGCGUGAUUGUCUAAUGAUGGAGCUGCAGCAGCUGAAAGAAGCCAAGUCGGUAUUGGCCAGAUCCUACGCCAAGACGGCUUCACAUCCUAACCAGAUGCAAAAAAUACAGAACCUAGAGCAAAAGAAUCGCCAUCUACAGCUGAUGGUGAAGCAACAGCAGCAGUAUACCGAAUCCAUCUUGCAUCAAAUUUGGCAACAGCAGCGCAGUGAAAUUAAUGAUCUGCGCAACCGGCUGGAGGCACAGUGCGUUGUGAUAUCGGAUCAGGCGGCACGGCUAGCCAACAACGACAUACUAGUCAAAGACAUGUACGCGGAGAACUCGCAGCUUAUGUUGCAGGUGCAGCGGCUGGAGCAUCAGUGCAAUCGUGCCAACUGGAUGCAACAGUACAACCAAUCCAACUCAUCUUCCGGGAGCCACCACGGUUUGAGCGGCAUCAUGCCUGGGCUGCCGUAGCGCCGCUGCUGCGUCCUGACUGCGUCCGG